AUGCAGGCGGAGCCGCCGGGGAAAGCUGGUGCAAAUAAAAAGUCGAUGAGGCGAAUUGGUCGCGAUCGACCAAUCGCUCCACCUAACCGCAUCAGAGACAAUUUCCCCGUUGUUAGCGGCGACGCUCAAAUUGCGUUCCCCGCCCUAGGGGGAGCCAGACAAAAUGGGCGUUCCAACAGCGCACACGUCACGCCGAAAUUGAACGACGGAAUCGAUUACAAUACACAGAGGCGGACCAUGGCGGUCACGGUGGUCAGAGCGAUCGCGGCGAGUGAUUCACUGCGA